ACUGAUGCUGCUGCUGCUGCAGACUGCUGCAUGUCUGGAUCGGUUCUGCUGGUUUAAUCAAACAAAUCCCUGUUACGCAGCUCUGGGACACAAACUUAGUCUGCAGAUGUUGAACGACACUAGUGAAUAUGACCUGAAGAUCAUAAAGAGAAUAAACAGCACACAUGAUGGUCCAGCUUGUAGAGUAAAGAAUGACACAAUGAGGACGAGUGAAUGUGAUCUUUAUAAUAACAGACCUGAAGUGACCAUCAUUAAUGGGACUCUGAUAAUAAACCGUGUGAUCAGAGCAGAUUCAGGGAAUUACACAAUAAAACUCGAGAGCUCAGACGGCACAGAAACAUCUAGAGAUCUUCAAGUGAUUGUUGAAGAUCAUCCAGUGGCUCUGAUCGUUUUGGGAAGUCUUGCUGUAAUUCUUAUUGUUCUGGUCAUCAUCGCAUAUUACGUUUACAAGAAGAAGAAUCAGCUCAAAUGCACAAAUGUGGAAAAUGCCUCGUCAGGCCCUCAGACAAACAGGAAUGAGAGGAAGGAGCAGGAGCUUCAUUACGGAGAAGUGACGUUCACCGACAGAAAGGUUCAACAGCAGCCGUGUAAAACACAGGAGGAGUGUUUGUACGCUCAGGUGCAGACGCGCUAGUGUGAACACCACCACAAAACCACUUCACUGUCAUGAAGACUCAACACGACAGCUUUUGGCUGCUUAUGAUGAAAUGCUCGGCUUAUUGCACAUUUUCUUUCCUGUGUGGCAACAGAAAAACACAGCGUCUGAUCCAGAACAGAAAUAUAAAAGGAUGAACACUUUCCAAUAAAGCCGCUGAAGGAAAUCAUGACUGCUGUGAACAAUGAAUGACUUGUACUACAUAAGUCAUUGUUUUUUAUAUAAAAUAUCUUUCUGUGACACACGGUACUAUGCAAUAAAAAUA